AUGGCGCGCGUCGGGCUGCUCGCGCUGCCCACGGAGCUGCUGCUGCUGCUCGCCGAGUCGUUCCUCGACCAGACGGACAUCAGCCGCCUGGUGUGCUCGACGCGCCACCUGCGCCACGUGCUGUGGCAGCCGCUGCUGCGCACCAACAUCGCCCACCACGGCAGCACCGCGCUGCUGUGGGCCGCGGCCAACAACCACACCGACUUCGCCCAGGUGCUGGUGCACCUCGGCGCCAACCUCGAGACGUCGCCGCACUUCCUCGAGCACGCCUGCAUCCCGCGCGUCGGCCGCUACUGGGGCCGCAACGUGCCGCACUCGGGCUCCAGCACCCCGCUGUGCUACGCCGUGCAGCGCCGCAACCAGGCCAUGGUCGAGCUGCUGGUGGGCGCCGGCGCGCUGGUCGUCGCCGUGCGCGGCGUCGGCCCGGGCCCGUUCGAGCACGCCUACGCCGCCAAGCACGCGCCCAUCAUCGCCGUGCUGACGAGCCAGCUGCGCAGCGUCGACGCCCCCGUGGGCCGCAACGGCGAGACGCCCCUGCAGCUCGCCUGCCGCACGCGCUACGUCGACGGCGUGCGCCGCCUGCUCGAGCACAAGGCCGACCCCAACGCGUCCGCUGUCGCCCCCAAGGAGCGCUUCUCCCACGUCCGCGCCCUGCUCGACUCCACCUCGCCUGGCUUCUACACCUACGACCGCUUCGAUCUGCCGACCGGCAACCCGCGCGACGACGCCCUGCAGAUUCUUAGGAUGCUGUUUAACUGCGGGCUGGAGCCGGAUGAGUCGUGCCGGUGCCGCCUGUUCAGGGUGGACCCGCGCGCGCGGGCGCUGCUGGAGAAGAAGCCGGCGAGUCGCGAUCGCAAGCGGCGGUCGCAGGAGCAGCAGCGGGGGUUCCGGGGCGCGUUUGGGCUGCAGAAGAAGAGGAGGUAG